UUAUCUCCUACCAUUGUGUAGGAGGGGAUAUAAAUAAUUCCUUGACAUUAUAGUCGUGAUUGCAACGACAUUUCACGGUGGUUUGUCGUGGUAAGGGCUUGCAGCAAUGCAUUCGCCCUCCAAUACGACCCUUCCCCUUACGCGAAUCCUAUGGAAUACUUACGAGCGCUUGGAGCAAGCCAGUCUGGUUUUGUGUUCCCAUGCGCGCGGAUCGCGGGCGCGCACGUACCGGCCAACUAUCCAAAAUAUUUCCGAAUUCGAAAUUUGAAAACCAAACGCUCACUGUUACUGGUUUAUUUUCUAAUCGCGGCUGAUUUAGAAGAAAGUUUACUUUUGCAUUUUAAAGUGUUUUGAACUUUUCGGAAAGUUUUUAAAAGUUUUAUUUUGUUUUUUUACAAGGAUUGGAAAUGUUUUAGUGAUUACAUUGUUAUGUUAUCGUUUUUGUGCUUUAUGUUGUGUUGUUGCAGUUAUGUUUUGAAUUUUCGUUAGUGUUUUGUUCAUUUGCGGUGGUUUGUGAGUGUUUGACUGUUGAGGAGGAUUGUAGUUUGUCACAAUGGAGCUAUUUUGGAAAGUGCUGAGCUUUCAACUAUUAUUAGCACAGGCUCAGGCGAACUGGUGGAACUUAGCUGCGCCCAGUCCCGUCCUAGGGAAUACGUCUAUCGAGGCGGUCACGUUGCACAAAGAGAACUGUCAGAGGCUAGACUAUCUGGGCGAGCGGCAGAAACAACUCUGCUUACUGUCCGAUAAAAUGGUCCAGGUGCUGCAAACGGGCGCUCUGCAAGCGGUCGAGGAGUGCCAGCACCAGUUCCGACACAGCCGGUGGAACUGCAGCACUGUGCAAAACUCCACAGACAUCUUCGGAGGGGUGCUCAAGUACAAAUCGCGUGAAGCGGCGUUCGUGCACGCGCUGUCUUCAGCGGCGCUCGCGCACGCCGUGGCGCGCGCUUGCUCACGGGGCGAGCUCAACGAGUGCUCUUGCGACUCCAGGGUGCGGAAGCGUACUCCAAGGCACUGGCAGUGGGGAGGAUGCUCUGAGGACAUCAGGUAUGGUGAGAUCUACAGCCGGGACUUCGUGGACUCCAAGGAAGACAAGAACACUGAUGAGGGGCUGAUGAACCUGCAUAACAAUGAAGCGGGAAGACGGGCGGUCCGCGGGCGCAUGCAGCGCGUGUGCAAGUGCCACGGGAUGUCCGGGUCGUGCUCGGUGCGGGUCUGCUGGCGCCGCCUGCCGCAGCUCCGCGCCGUCGGCGACGCGCUCACCACGAGAUACGAAGGGGCGUCACAUGUUAAGGUGGUUGAAAGAAAAAGAGGAAAAAACAUAAGGAAACUGCGACCCCUUCACGCUGACAUGAAGAAACCUAACAAGACCGACCUGGUUUAUUUAGAAGACUCUCCUGACUACUGCGAACCUAAUGAUGAGCUCGGCAUCCUCGGCACGCGCGGGCGCUCUUGUAACCGCACGUCGGCCGGGCUGGACGGCUGCCGCCUGCUGUGCUGCGGGCGCGGCUACCAGACGCGCGUCCGCGACCACGAGGAGAAGUGCCGCUGCCGCUUCGUCUGGUGCUGCCGGGUGCACUGCGAGCUCUGCCGCUACAAGCGCGAUCAUCAUGUCUGCAAUUAA